UCCCCGUCCGCCCCGCCAUGGCGGAGCCUUCGCCUGCCCGACGUCUGGUGCCUAUCAUCGAGUCGGAGCUGUACUUCCUCAUCGCCCGCUACCUCUCGGCUGGCCCGUGUCGCCGAGCGGCGCAGGUGCUGGUGCAGGAGCUGGAGCGGUACCAGCUGUUGCGGAAGAGGUUGGAUUGGGAGGGCAACGAGCACAACAGGAGCUACGAGGAAUUGGUCUUGUCCAAUAAGCAUGUGGCUCCUGAUCACCAGUUACAGAUCUGCCAGCGCAUCGGCCCAAUGCUGGAUAAAGAAAUCCCACCCAGUAUUUCAAGAGUCACUUCUUUGCUUGGUGCGGGAAGGCAGUCUUUGCUACGUACAGCAAAAGGUACCUUAAUUUGAAGAAGUGUUCUGCUUUGUAUUAGUAGCUCUGUUAUAAUUGUGAAGUUGUGUAAGCGUUGUGGAAGGUAACAAUGUAUCUAACGCCAUGGACUAUAAAUUCUCUGCAAUUAGUGUAGAUCUUUGAAUUUUAUCAUGUGUUUAAUGGGUCCUUCUGAAUUUCAGAAUUGAUAAAGACAUAGAUGUUAAGCUAAAAGCUUGAAUUUAAGAUGUGUUUGAGGGUUUUUAUCAAUGUUCUUAAUUUUUCCGUUUUGUAGCUCUCAUAACUUCAAUGGAUGUAAUUGUAUGUGUCUAAUAAACUCUUUAAAUACUAGAAUUACUACUUUUGAUAUUUAGAGUCUGAAAGUCCUUUGUAAUAAGGAGAAGUGAUUUAAAAAAAUGGUAGCAGUUUGAAAAACAUGCACCAAAAAUGUAAACUUGCAUGAUUCCUUUUAUUUUUUACUAACAAUCUUUUUCUUUUGCUAAGUUAUGUGCUAGCAAAAUGUUUGGAAUUGCUACACCUUUUCUGUUAGCUUCGUAUAAUUGACUUAGACUAAGUACCUGUGUGUGAUAUGCUCUAUGUAUAUAUGUGGCUAAACUGCUAAUGGCAAGUGUGUUGGUUCUGAUCUCAGCAGACUUGAAUUUCAUUGUGAUUAUUUUGCUACAAGCUGAUGUAAUGCUACCUCUUAGAUGCUGCACUAGGACAAAACUUGACUGAGAAAGAGUACCCUGCUUCUUGGUUUCAUGCCAGACCAGCUUGACAGCCUUAGUUGUUUCUUAGUGCCCUAUACUCGUGCUACUGUGGCUCGAAUCAGAAAACUGUCCCAUCCUUCUUUUCGGCAUCCUGUUCACUUUGUAAUUAUUUUCAUCACUAGUUGUUUUACAGCAGUUGCUUGGGUAGCACAUUUUCUUUUCCUUGUGUCAAGCUCAAGCUCAAUGUUGUUUUGUGAUGAGGCUUGUGUGAGGACUGGCAGACUUAGACGAGACUUCAGUGAGGGACCCUAUUUCUGCUUGUGUUUUGUGCUAGUGCCAGAGGAUGCCUUGUGUUAGUGUGGGCACCCGGGCUCAGUGGAGGUGGUUCAGUACGGUGCCGCUCCCGUGUUUGCAUCUGUGAAGCAGCUCUUUGUAGCUCAGCAAGAGUGGGGCACAAGGCCUGUGUCGGCCUGUGUGCUUCUGUGUCUUCUUCAGACCUGGGUGGGAUGUGGCUUUAGAAGACUCACUCACACACUGUAUGUGCUCUUCUCUGGAGAGCUGCCUUCCACCCUAAUGUGGGAAGCUGAGUUAACUUGAACUCGCUAAUUCUUCCUGAUGAGUUCAAGGUAAUAGUACUGGCCGAAUGAAUCUUAAACUGAAUGAGUCAAGUCAAAGAUGUUUAGAUACAUCAGAUAAGUUAAAUAUCUUCUUAAAAUUCCUUUUGAAAACUGGGGUCAGUUGUGAUAAGACUGCUCAUUUUAAAUGUUGUAUGGUAUUUUGCAUUGAAAAAUAAACAGCUAACUUGGUAUUCCAUUCCCUCUUACUAAUCAUCUGCAGUGGAUCUCUUUAAAGGUCCUGGAACCUUUGAGCCUCAGUCACCUCAUUUGUAAAUUAGUGGAAACACCUACCUCACAGGGUUGUUGUGAGGACUCCAUGAGCUGAUGUAUGUGGAAAGCACUUGGUGGAUUGUAAAGUGCUGUGCUGUCAGUGUUACUGCUGCUGUAUCUGAGAUGUCUCCAGAAUAGCACAAUA